AUGGUCCUAUUGUGCCCUACGAUUGGAGGGCUCAGAAAAUUGAUUUCUAUUUGCGAGAGGUAUGCUGAGAAGAAUGAUCUGAGAUAUAAUGCCAAGAAGAGUGAGGUAAUGGUUUUUACAGUUGGUUCGAAAUGCCUCGGCAAUAUACCGCCGGUGUUUCUGGAUGGUUCUCCUCUUAAGUUGGUUGAUAAAUUUAAAUACCUCGGGCACUGGGUUACUUUCAAUCUGAAUGAUGACUUAGAUAUCGAACGGGAGCGCAGGGCCCUGUCUGUUCGAUGCAACAUGUUGGCGCGCAGGUUUGCACGAUGUACGCGAGAAGUAAAGACAACGCUAUUUCGAGCUUUCUGCCAGUCCUUCUACACAUGCAGCCUGUGGGCCUCCUUCACGCAGAGAGCAUAUAGUGCGCUGCGUGUCCAGUAUAAUAACGGUCUCAGAGCAAUGUUGGGGUUACCACGGUUUUGUAGUGCUUCAGCUAUGUUUGCUGAAGCCAAAGUCAAUGAUUUUUAUGCGAUAAUGCGGUAUAGAAGCGCUUCUCUAAUAAGUCGCAUUCAAGCGAGCAACAACUCUCUCCUGAUUGUUUUGGCAUCGAGAUGGGACAGUGCAGUUGUACGGAAUUUCAACUACCUGCACUGCAACUCCCAUCUCUGA